GGCAGCCGCCGCUUCUGCCGCUGCUGCUGCUGCUGCUGCCACCGCCGCCUCGGGAGAUUGCGUCGAGCAGUGCGCCGCCAGCCGACGCCACCGCCAUCAUGCCCAGCCUCGCCGCGCCCCUCGCCAAGUCGACGCCAACGCCGCCGCCUGGUCCGCCGCCGGAGGGCGCAGCGGAGGGCUCCAUGGAAAGGGCCGGCAGCAGCGGGGGCAGCUGCGCUGGCGGAAGCUGCGGUGAGGCGUGGGCAGUCUGA